UAGCAAACUUACAGUCUUAAAUAAAAAUAGUUCCGUAGAUAGAUCGUCAAGGUUUUUUCCUCUUCUAUACUCUUUGCAAAGAUUUAGAUAUCCUAAAAGGCGAAAUAUGACAUCUCAACAGAGCAAAAGAAUUAUCAUUUUAUCCGUGAUUGCGGCUCUAAUUUGUUUUGCUCUUGGAGUGAUUAUUGGUUACUUCGGAAGGGGUGGUUCAAGUCCGCAAACACCAGUGGCCGAUCCAGAAGCGAGUAAAAUGAUAAUGGAUGGAAUUAGAGCUGAGAAUAUUGAACAAAAUCUGAAGACAUUGACUGAAAAUCCACAUAUUGCUGGAAGAGAUAUUGAUGAAGUUGAUCUUGUUAAUUUCAUCACAAAAAGAUGGAAAGAUUCUGGAUUGACUGUUGAAGUUCAUCCUUAUAACGUACUACUGUCCUAUCCAAAUCAAAAUAGUUCGAAUUCACUCGCCAUCAAAUUGGAAAAUGGUACUCUCGUAAGCAAAAGUCAUCCAACCGAAGCUAUAUUGGAUCCAUCACAAAAUAAACCAGGCGUGGUUAAUCCUUUUAACGCCUAUUCUGCAAAUGGAAAUCCAGAAGGGGACAUUGUUUAUGUCAAUUAUGGAACGAUUCAGGAUUUCCUAUUCAUCAACAACACUAAAUCUAUCGAUCUUACUGGAAAAAUAUGUAUUAGCCGUUAUGGAAAAAUAUUCCGAGGAGAUAAAGCCUCACAUGCCGAGCAAUUUAAUUGCGCUGGACUAAUAUUGUAUUCGGACCCGGCGGAUUAUGCAGUAGUAGGUCAGGGAGUCUAUCCGGAUACUUGGUUUUUACCAGGAACUGGUGCACAACGUGGAACUCUGGCUUUGGGCGUUGGGGACCCAAUGACCCCCCACUAUCCUUCUAUCGAUACAGCAUCCCGCGUGUCCGAGACAGAAACAAAGCUGCCCAAAAUUCCCGUAACACCGAUUGGAUACGACGACGCGAUAAUGUACUUGAUGCACAUGGGAGGCGACGAAGUAGAAGAAAGUUGGAAAGGAGAUAUGAAUAUAACAUAUAGAUAUGGUCCCGGGUUUCAAGGACUACACAACACAAGUAAGAUGACAAUGCAUGUUACAACGACAAAUGAAAGAAAAACAGUUCACAACGUGAUCGGUUAUAUUCGGGGAUAUAUAGAACCAGAUCGUUACGUACUCUUUGGAAACCAUCGAGAUGCUUGGGUAUUCGGUUCAAUGGACCCAUCCUCUGGUACCGCUGGAAUGUUGGAAAUUUCUAGAACAAUGGGUCAGGCUGUUAAGGAUGGGUGGAAACCUCGUAGAACGAUUGUAUUUUGUAGCUGGGGAGCAGAAGAAUUUGGAUUGAUCGGAUCGACAGAAUGGAUUGAAGAGUUUCAGAAAGUUUUGGGAUCACGAUCUGUAGCAUACUUGAACGCGGAUCCACUUGUAUAUGGCGACUACACUUUUAAUGCUCGGGGUUCGCCUAGUCUCAAAAAAGCUGUGUUUGAAGCAACAAAGCUCGUGCCAAAUUUAAAUCCAACUGAAAUCUCAAACGGUAGAGAAACCAUCUAUGCUACAUGGUCUCAUGCAAGUGGUGGAAGUGAACCGAGGUUUCAAACUCUUGGGUCAGGUAGUGAUUACGCAAUGUUUUUGCAACUAACUGGUAUUGCUGUAGUGGAUGGUCAUUAUGUAUUUGAUCCGAGAAUCGGAGUUUCGUUGUACCCAGUGUAUCAUUCCGUUUAUGAAACGUUUGAUUUUGUCAAAACUUUUGUCGAUCCACAAUUUCGUAAUCACCAAGCAGCGGCAAGAGUCCUGGCUGAAUUACUGAGAAAUUUAGCUGAUUCGCCUGUUUUGCCUUUCAACGUCGUGGAUUAUGCAACAAAGAUGAAUGAUGAUAAAAAUACAAUGUUGGAUGUUUAUAGGCAAAAUCUGACUGAUCAUAACAUGGAACCUGCAUUACUAGACAAGGCAAUAGAAGAUUUUACCUCAGCGGCAACGGAACUUCACAAUAGAAUAAAUGACCUUGAUCUGACAAAUCCAUUAGCGCUGAGAGCAGUAAAUGACCAACUCAUGCAACUCGAACAAGCGUUCAUUGAUAAACAAGGAAUAGAAGGAAGAGAUCAAUAUAGUCACGUAAUAUACGCUCCGAGUCUCCACAAUACGUAUGGAGGAGCAGCAUUUCCUGGACUUGUUGACUCGAUGUUUGAAAUCAAUGCUGACCCAGAUCCAGAUGCGAGAUGGGAAAAGGUCCGUCGACAAUAUUCCAUUCUUCUGUACCACAUCGGUUCUGCAUCAUCGACAUUGAGAGAUGUUGUACCAAUCAAAGGAUAUUCAAACAAAUAGAACCAUCAUUGUACCAUAUUUUUAAAUUAACCAUUGAAAUAUUAUUUAUUUCUUUUUCUACAAUCUUCAUUAUGUUUAAUUCACAAAAUCAAUUGGAAUUGAUUUAACUAAUAAUAUUAAUUAAUUAGACAUACAUAUUACAAAUGUCAAUAAACAAGUUAAAUUAUGAUUCAAUAAGUUUAGCUUCCUCCUUGUACGAUGGUCGAUAAAUUCGAUGGAACAAUGUGGGGUCAUUGCCUCAGCUUUCACAUUCACAGCCGUUGUUUGUUUUUGUCGCCGACUAUAUAGCCUGAUGUUUUUUGGUUUGGGAACUUUAAAAUUGUAUUCGACAAGAAUCAAGCAGAAUUGAAUCAAUUCAUCAACAAUUUUUGUAGCCCAUUUUAAAGACUCUGUUUAGUUUCUGUAUAGACCCAGAUUUUUAAGCAGCUACAUAAGACGUUUAUGACAAUAUAAAAUACACCGAUGACAUGUCAAAAUUAUGAGAUUUAAGCGAGUCAAAAUAUAUGUGGCCUGUAAUGAUGGUAUAUAUCAGGGUGGUCCAAGGUUGUCGCCUUCGCGGGCCAUAAAAUUAUUUUUGUAUUGUUCGCGGGCCACAAUAGCGUCAGAAAUAUGUAAACAACAAACACUUUUAUUGUACAAACGAUUGAUCAUUGUUUGUCCUUUAUCAAGCUAAAUCCUACAUAAUACGCCAGAAAAAUCACUGAAACAUGCAAAAGUUUUGCUAUAUCUACAUUUAAUGUAAUAUUUCAUUAACUCUUCGUUACGGAGAAAGUGCUCCCG